AUGUCUGGUUCUGUGGCUGUACCGACUGGAGAUGAGAAAGAGCUGCAGGCCGCGGUCGCCAGUGUUGGGCCCGUCGCAGUGGCUGUGGACGGAAGAAACAAAGCCUUCAGGUACUAUUCCUCUGGGGUGUACGACGCAUCGCGGUGCUCCAGCUCCAACAUUCAACAUGCCAUGGUUGUCACUGGCUACGGGACUUUCUCUGGGAAAGACUACUGGCUUGUCAAAAACAGUUGGGGGAGUCAUUGGGGAAUGGAGGGCUACAUUCUCAUGUCCAGGAACCAGUACAAUCAGUGUGGCAUUGCAACCGAUGCCUCCUACCCAACUCUCUGA